UCAUUAUGCGAAAUAUGUUUUGAAAUGUCAAAAUGUGCCCCCAUAGAUAUGUAAAACUUUAAUGUAAAUUAAAAAUAGAAACAAAACAAGCAAAUAAACUAGGAAAAAAUGCAGCUUCUUUUCCACACAGAAUUGGAAGAAAAAAUUAUUCUCAGAAGGUAAGUGGACAAUUUAUUCUUCCUUAGAAGAAUAAUGGGUGUUUUGAUUAAGUAAGACAAGACUUCAAGACUUGGUCUGAGAUGGAAAAGUUAAAACAUAGAGUACUAUACCCUUCUCUGAAUUAAAGUGUACAGGUAUCCCCAAGGAGUAAUGUCAUUGAUCUCAUAUCAUCCUUCACUGGGCUGCAGGUAGGAUAGUAGGAAAAAAAAAAACCAUGAGAACGGGAAUUCCAUUGUUGAUGAGACUACUAACCUGGAGAAAUAUUAGGACAGAAGGAGAAAAAAAUUUUGUAAGGAAUUUUCUUUUAUGAGAUAUGAUCCUAAAAUUUAGCAAUAGAAGCAUAUAAUGAUUUUUCUCCUAGGUUUUCUAUUGAGUGUACUUGUGGGUAAGUUGGGAAGCUCUUAUACACUUCAGCAUUCUUGUCUGUAAAGUAAAUGUCCAAAUGUACUCCAUGUAUACUCUGUGAAAGUUGAAUGAGGAAAUAAUUGUAAAAGCAAUGGACUAAUUCACAUGAUUUACCAUGACUAAAGCAAGGUAACUGAAGGUUGGUGAGAAGGCCUUAUGCAUACAUAUAAACUGACCAGUAGAGUAUGUCACAGUAUGUAUUUGAAAACUGAAUUGAUAAAUAAGCUUGUACCUUCUCUGGAAUUCUCAGACAAGGCAAAUUAUCCAGAAUGGUGUGGGAAAACCAGACCUUCAACUCCAUCUUCAUCCUGCUGGGACUCUUCAAUCACAGCCCCACCCACACCUUCCUUUUUUCUCUGGUCCUGGGCAUCUUCUCAGUGGCUUUCAUGGAAAAUAUUGCCAUGGUUCUCCUCAUCUACUUAGACAAACAGCUCCACACCCCCAUGUACUUCCUCCUCAGUCAACUGUCCCUCAUGGACCUCAUGCUCAUCUGCACCACUCUACCCAAGAUGGCCUUCAGCUACUUGUCUGGGAAGCAAUCUAUCUCUCUGCCAGGUUGUGGAACUCAGAUAUUCUUCUAUGUGUCCCUGCUUGGAGCUGAAUGUUUCUUGUUGGCUGUCAUGGCUUACGACCGCUAUGUGGCUAUAUGUCACCCUCUUCGGUACACCAUCCUCAUGAAUCCCAAACUCUGUGUCUUCAUGACUGUUGCUUCCUGGAUCUUGGGGUCCCUUGAUGGGAUUAUAGUGCUUGCAGCUGUCCUGUCAUUUUCUUACUGUGGCUCUCUGGAAAUUCAUCACUUUUUCUGUGAUGUUGCUGCCCUUUUACCUCUAUCCUGCACAGAAACAUCUGCAUUUGAAAGACUACUUUUCAUUUGUUGUGUGGUAAUGCUAAUCCUUCCAGUUUCAGUUAUCAUACUUUCCUAUUCCCGUGUCCUUCGAGCCGUCAUCCACAUGGGCUCUGGGGAAAGUCGCCGCAAGGCCUUCACUACCUGCUCCUCCCACCUGUCUGUGGUCGGACUCUACUACGGUGCUGCUAUGUUCAUGUACAUGAGACCAGCUUCUAAACAUACACCAGACCAGGACAAGAUGGUGUCGGCAUUCUACACUAUUCUCACCCCUAUGCUGAACCCUCUCAUUUACAGCCUCCGCAACAAAGAAGUGUUCAGGGCACUACAGAAGGUACUGAAGAAAAGGAAGUUAAUAUGACUUUAUCAAAAUCUUUUUGAGUGCCUUCUGUGGUCAACACUCAUUCAAAAAAAAAUGGAAAUGGAAUCUCUUACAUUAUUCUAUUUCUGGUAAUUUGUAUUAAUAUUUUUCCACUUUUCAAAAUUAUUUAGCAUAUUAUUACAUAUAUGUCAUUUGUAAACUAAGCUAGAUUUGGAUGUUAGUAUAAGUGGCUUAAUCCCUGUGAAUGAUAAUUAUAUUAUUAGGUGUCAUCCAUGGGUGGUACUUGAUUUUAGGAUGCUUACUUUUGAAGCCAGGUAUUAGUCUGAAGUGUCUUACCUGUAUCAGAAAGCAAAGGUUGGAGUUGAUUCUCUGUUUUUGGAGAGAUGCUGCUUUGUUCACACGUUACUUCCCUAUUAGUACUUGUUUUUAGUUUUACCAAUCCUCAAACCCAAGAAUGACUAUUUUAAUACUGUUUCUUCUCUCCUUGAUUCCCAAGUAUUUAAAAGUGGGGAGUUAGUGUCAACACUUUCUUCAAUCAAGUUUUAUGUCCGUUUAAAAUAUUUUCUAGA